AUGUUUGCCAAAUCUGCUACGCCGGCCACGCCCGUGACAAGACCCAAGUCCCACAUCAACGAGAGCGUCACGUGGGUCAAGGAAUGGUACAAUCCCCUUGAAUACGGCUCGGGUGGACCUGCCAAUUUGAAGUUGAAAGGUUGGGUCAAGACCAACGCCGCUGACACAGAGAUCGCUGCUCCCAACGUCGACACGAAUGGAGUUUACGACUUGGACGCUCACAAGUACUUGCAGGAGCCUGUAGUUGUGGAAGUGGCCAAGGAGGCGACUCCAGAUCCUCAGCAGGAGAGCGACUUGCGUCUGGCGUUGAGUAUGGACAAGAAGGAUGACCAGAUCUCGUCGCUCCUGGGUUUGGGCAUGUAA